AUGUUGGGGCGGCAGCCGUCCGAGCUCCGGGGACGGCCGCACUCGGCGGUACGGUCACGGCCGCUCGGGGGUUUCUUUCUCGGGCUGUUGCUGGUGCUUCUGCCGGGAGGGGCCCUCGGAGUCUCUGUUUCGGGGCUCGACUACGACGACAGCAGCGGCAACAACCGCAGCGUCAACAUUUACAUGAGUGUGGACGAGCUCAACAGGCUACUCGGUCUGGAUGCUGAGCUUUAUUACGUCCGUGACGACGUGGUGAAUCACAAUGCCAUGUCCUUCACCAUGCCCGUGCCCAGUGAGACCAACAGCCUUCACUUCACCUGGCACUCCAAGUCCAAGGUGGACUACCGCUUAGGUUUCCAGGUGGCGAACCCUGCUGCAAUGAAUAUACCACGGAGCAACAUUUCCAACCAGGGGGAGCUUCCUCGCAUUCCCUCCGUUUUUCGAGUGGACCUUUUCUGUUCGGGCAAGGUGGACGCGGAGGCAAUCGUGACUGUGCAGCUCAACGUGACGCUGCACGCCAACAACUACACAGUGCUUAACUUCAAGAGGAGGAAAAUGUGCUACAAAAGAAUAGAUUCCGACCCUAAGAUUCCAUUUCCUUUCAACAACCACACCCUUCACACGCUUCAGCAGCCCGACUUAGAUGGCGUGACUGCACCCACCACCUCUACUCAGGUGUUCUACAUCAGUGUCAGUGUGUGCUGUAUCGUCAUCUUUCUUGUGGCUAUCAUCCUGGCCAUCCUUCACCUGCACAGUAUGAAAAGAGUUGAGAUGGAGGACAGCGUGAGUGACAGUGGAAGCUCUCAAGGACUUUCUCAGCCCUCUACACAGACCACGCAAUACCUGAGGGCCGACACGCCAAAUAAUGCGGCUCCUGUGUCUAACAACCACCCUGGUUCCGCACCCAUUCUCCAGCUCGCAGCCUCCUCAUUCCAAAACACCGGCGCUCCCCCUCAUGAAACCAAAAGCUUCCCGUCUCUACGAAUUGAAAAGAACGACCUGAGAAGCGUGACCCUCAUGGAGGCCAAGGCCAAAGUCAAAGACAUCGCCAUCUCGCGGGAGAGGGUCACACUGCGUGAUGUGCUUCACGAAGGCACUUUUGGACGCAUCUUCCAUGGUGUGCUGUUGGACGAAAAGGACCCUACCAAAGAAAGACCAGUCUUUGUGAAGACUGUAAAAGAUCAUGCGUCGGAGGUCCAGGUGACCAUGAUGUUGACUGAAAGCUGCAAGCUUCGCGGCCUUCAUCACAGAAACUUGCUCCCCAUCAGCCACGUGUGCACGGAGGAUGGCGAGAAACCCAUGGUGCUGCUGCCCUUCAUGGCCUGGGGCAACCUGAAACUGUUCUUGCGCCAGUGCAAGCUCGCUGAGGCCAACAACCCGCAGGCCAUCUCCCAGCAAGACCUGGUCUACAUGGCCAUUCAGAUUGCGUGCGGGAUGAGCUACCUAGCGCGGCGUGAGGUCAUCCACAAAGACCUCGCCGCAAGGAACUGCGUCAUCGAUGACAACAUGCAGGUGAAGAUCACCGACAACGCUCUGGCCCGCGAUUUGUUCCCCAUGGACUACCACUGCCUAGGGGACAAUGAGAACCGACCUGUGCGCUGGAUGGCGCUUGAGAGCUUACUUGACAAUGACUUCUCCAGUGCUAGUGAUGUGUGGGCUUUCGGCGUGACGCUGUGGGAGCUGAUGACUCUGGGCCAGACGCCGUACGUGGACAUCGACCCCUUCGAGAUGUCGGCCUACUUGAAGGACGGAUACAGGAUAGCGCAACCAAUCAACUGUCCUGAUGAACUGUUUGCCGUCAUGGCGUGCUGCUGGGCUCUGGACCCGGAGGAGAGACCCAAAUUCCAGCAGCUGGUCCAGUGCCUCACGGAGUUUCACGCCGCCUUGGGGGCUUACGUUUGA